AUGGGCUCUAGCAAGGAUUUUGAAACGCCGCCCGGUAUUAUCCAGCCGUUGGACGACGGAGAGACCACAGAGCGCGGUUCGGAAAAUGGGCCUACAGAUUCAGAGAAGCCCAAGCACGAAGAGGAGGAAUUCAAAGAAGGCGGCUAUGGCUGGGUCGUGGUAGCUGCUGUCUGGCUGAUCUUGGCUCACUCUUUUGGCAUCAAUUCAAUGUUUGGCGUAUUCUUAGCCUUCUAUCUCGCCCAUGACCAUUUCCCAGGAGCGACGCCGUUACAAUUCGCUUUCGUCGGAGGCCUCAGUUUUUCAGUUGCUUUUAUCGUAUCUCCAUUCGCCACAAUCCUAUUCAACAAAGUAGGCCUAAGAGCGACUGUCAUCAUGGGUGGGCUGUUUAUAUCUGGCGCCUAUGUCGGAGCAUCUUUCGCGAAAACUAUCUGGGAGCUCAUUCUCAGUCAAGGCGUGUGUUAUGGUAUUGGUAUGGGAAUUUGUUAUACCGCAACUGCCGGCCUGGUUGCCAAGUGGUUCAAGAAACGGCGAGCGCUCGCAAAUGGCAUCGCAACAGGCGGCACAGGAUUUGGCGGCCUUACAUAUUCUCUGGCGGCAAACGCCAUGAUCCAACGCAUGGGAAUUGCUUGGACAUUCCGGAUCAUGGCCAUCAUAUGUUUUGUUGUGCUGAUAACCAGUGCUCUUUUCCUCAAAGAUCGCAACCACGGCACAAAGGUUUCCGCCACCGCAUUCGACUUGAAGCUUUUCAAGCUGCCUGACUUCUGGUUGUUCUUAGGAUGGGGAUGGUUAUCUAGUCUUGGCUAUGUUGCCGUCGUCUUUUCUUUAUCGGAUUAUGCCCAACAAGUUGGAUUUUCUGCGCAGCAGGGCUCUCUGGUGUCUGCGAUGUUCAACCUUUCGACUGGCAUAGGACGUCCGAUUAUCGGUUUCAUGGGUGACAGAUUCGGCACAAUUCGAAUCACUACACUUGGAACAUUCAUCUCCGCCUUAUUCACAUUCUUCAUCUGGAUUUUUGGCGGUAAGUCCUACGGCGCGCUCAUGGUGUAUGGAUUAUUGGGAAUGUUUCCCAGCAUCAUGUGGGCCACUUUUGCGGUGAUGACAGCAUCAAUUUUUGGCCUUGAAAAGAUGCAACCUGUCAUUUCUCUUUCAACCCUGACAUUAGCCUUACCGUAUACUUUUGCGGAGGCGAUUGCUCUAAGCUUGAAGAAGCCCGGCAGAGACGGCUUUCUCGACGUACAAGUCUACGCUGGCGCGAUGUUCGUUGCUGCUACCAUUUGCUCCCUAAUUCUUACUAUCAAGAAAGGUGAAUUAUACCGCAGAGGAAAGAAUGAUUAG